UUCAGCCCGGAACCUUAGUGCCUAGGUGCGGCGGAGCACCGGCCCGGGAACUUGUUCUCCCGGAAGUAGCUACCGAGUGCUCGGGGGCGGAGAUUGGGUUGUGGAACCCUCGGUGGCGGUUGGUAGGUCGCAGGAAACCGAGAUGGAGGCCGUGGCGACAGCGGCGGCGUCGGAAGCCGACGAGGGCCGCAUGGAGCCCAGACCUGGGCACUGGGGGGAGCUGAGCCAGACCCCAGUCACACCCAGACCCCAGGGCAAGGUGGAGGCAGUGGAAGGAGAGUCGGGGAGCUUGGACAGUGCCGAGAACCCGGCAGUGAGUGCGAUGCUGCGCGCUGUAGCUGCCGGCCCUCUGCCCGUGUGCAGUCAGCAGCAGGGCGAGCCCGACCUCACCGAGCGGGAAAAGGUGGCCAUCCUGAGCCAGCUGUACCAUGAGAAGCCACUCGUGUUCCUGGAGCGCUUCCGCACGGGCCUUCGCGAGGAGCACCUGGCCUGCUUCGGCCACCUGCGUGGGGACCACCGUGCGGACUUCUACUGCGCUGAGGUGGCCCGGCAGGGCAGUGCCAGGCCCCGUACCCUGCGCACGCGCCUGCGCAACCGGCGCUAUGCCGCCCUGCGUGAACUCAUCCAAGGGGGGGAGUACUUCAGUGAUGAGCAGAUGCGGCUCCGGGCUCCCCUGCUGUACGAGCAGUACAUCGGGCAGUACCUCACCGAGGAGGAGCUCAGCGCCCGUGCCCCGAUCCAGCCCCCCAAGCCAGGUGCCCCCGGCACACCCGCCUGCCCACUGUCUGACCUGCUGCUCCAGUCCUACCAGGAGCGGGAGCUGCAGCAGCGGCUGCUCCAGCAGCAGGAGGAAGAGGAGGCCUGCCUGGAGGAAGAGGAAGAGGAGGAGGACAGUGACGAGGAAGACCAGCAGUCGGGCAGAGACUCGGAGGCCUGGGUCCCCGACUCGGAGGAGAGGCUGAUCCUGCGGGAAGAGUUCACCAGCCGCAUGUACCAGCGCUUCCUGGACGGCAAGGACGGCGACUUCGACUACAGUGGACGACAACCCCGACCUGGACAACCUGGACAUCGUGGCCCGGGACGAGGAGGAGCGCUACUUUGAUGAGGAGGAGCCCGAGGACGCCCCCAGCCCAGAGCUGGACGGCGACUGACGGCAUCACUGUCCGCUCCCCUGGCGAGGCUGCUGCCGCGGGCAGCCCCGGGACCGACCCCACAGGGGCGUCGGCCGGCUCCCCCACACCCUGGCUCGUUCUGCGCCUGCCUCAGCCCCACCGCCCUUUGUCCUGCGUCCCUGCCCUUCUCCCUCUUCCCAAGUCACUGUCCCUCUGCCUCGGGCCCAGUAUGAAAGUCCUCCGCUGGACUGAGGCCGGGCGCUCGCUGCUGGCCCCGUGUACGUCUCGCUCCACUCAGGUGGCGUCCGUGGUGCCCUCAGUCUCGCGCAGCUCCUGCUCUCUGCUGUGUCCCCAUCUCCUGGGCCUGUGCUUUUCUGUCUGUGGUUUCCAGUUCUCUCCCAGCCAUGGGCUGUCUGUGUCCCUCUGGUCUCAGCCUUUAUCUCUCUGAGCUGUAGGCUUCCCCACCCCCAAGCCUGGCUGCACGGCUCCCAUGUCUCACCCAGGACCCAGGCUGGGGAGGGGUGGGCAGCCCUGGGGGCUCCCCUUUCACAGCCCCCACAAACCCCCCUCUGCCCAGCCACAAUUUUCCCUUCCUUCACUUCCUCCGCUCCUUCUCCCUCCUGUUUACACUCCCCAAAUACGUGCAGGCUGUUAUCACGGGCCUGAGUCAUCCCACACAGCCUGCCCCCGCCUCCCUGCCCCCAGCCAGCCACAGGACCCGCCCCAGGAGCCCCCUGCCGCCCUAGGCUAAUGGGAGCCAGAUGGCCGCCUGGUGACUCAGCCACCGGCCUGUGGGAACCCAGGCGUCCUGCCUUCCCAUGACCCACACCCCUCUGGUCCCCCAGCAGAGGGGGAACUGGCGGCCGCUGGGGGAGUGGGCCACAUAAGCCAGCCGUUAGCUGAGCUGGGCCUGGGGACCCCCGCUUCCUGUGAGACAGAACGGUGGCACCCUGGCCAGGCCAGACAGACUCCCAGAACCCUUCCUGGGCCACUGUUCUGGCCUGGGCCCACCUUGAUUCCAGGAGCUAAGGUGGACAGCGAGGGGUAGGUGGCUGCAUCGGGAGGCUCAGAGGGGGUACCUGGCCCAGGGAAGUUCCCAGCAUCCCUGAGCCAGGUGUCUGGCACCGCACCACGGGGACUCCUCCAGGCGGCCAACAGCCUAGGGACCCCCAGCUCCACGUUGCAGGUGGGUCAGGGGAGGCCCAGCGUGGAGGGGCUGCUUACUCAAGGCCUCGGACCCAAAGAGGCAGACGGGUGGGAACGAAGGUGCUAGAGCCGUCCGGGACGGGGAGACAGGAGGAGUCCAGGUGGGGUGAGGCAGGGGCCUGCCUGGUCAGGGACCACAGAGGCUGCGCUGGGGAAGAUGAGCGCGGCACAGGGACGUCAUCACGCAGGAGCGGUGCUGGCACCCGACAUGGGGGAGCACGCAUGGUCUGUCAUCUGGUCAUUAAAUCUUUGUUCUACUGUGCCAUCAUAAAUUUGUUACGUGUUUUUUUUUUUUUAAAAAGAAACAAGAGACAGCAGUUGAGUCAGAGUUAGGGUUAGUCAGAUGGUCCAGACGGGAGCGUCUGGCCGGGACAGAGGUGGAGCCGUCCCAGGGACGGGGAUCAGAAGGGGAGACAGGA